AUGGUUGGCGUCAUUCUGGAAACGCUGAAUUCGAAGAAACUAGUAGCGUUUGGCGUCAUUAUUUUAAUUGCACAAACUGCAUUUUUUCUUAUUGGUGGUCUUAUCUCGCCGGCACCGCAUUCAAGCGAGCAAAUUCUUUUGUCAAAAUGUGUCGACCUCGAAAGUACUCCAGAAACGUUCAAUAACAAAUGGUUCUUCUUAAGACCACAGCUGUCGAAUCAAACCUGUAGAUUGGUUCUUGACGAUGAACCUCUGGAGAAGAUUGCUUCCCGACCGAAUAUUACUGCUGAAAAUAUUGUGUUCGUUGCUCAAUUUCCACAUCCUAGGUCGGGGGUUGAUCUCAAGAUGACACGUUGGUUUCAACAAGUAAUCGCCGUACUCUGGCUUGACAUCAAACAGAAAUAUGACAUAGAGGUUAAGCCAGAUGCAUGGUUGACAUUUGACGUGAGACUGGGCUAUCGCAACGACGGUGACCCUCCAGAGGCUUGGAAGGAGAUCGCACGCUCCCGAGAGAUGCGUCCGCUUUUCUGCAGCCUUGACAAGAAUGUCACGGGUGAAUCUGUGGGGAUUGAGCGUGGGCCUGGUGAGGAUUUCGGAUUUUAUGAUUGCGAAGUGAUGCCCCUCUUCACAUUGGGGAGUUGCCACCAUCAAAACUAUCUAGUCAAUAUCCGAAUUCCCCGCGACCUUGAUAAGGGAAUCAACCACAAAAUUGGUGUGCUUCAGGAUGUCUGGAUGGUAGAAAUUCAUCAAAACGGUGGUUUUACAAUGGUGUGGUUUAGUCUGAAGACUUUUCUGUUUCCAAUUGCAUUGUUAACGGUGGUGUUCUUUUGGCGCCGUGUCUCUGAGCUCGAGCGCUCGCCCACGCUAAUGGAGCGCACAAUCUUCGCUCUCGGUUUGGUCCUGUGCAUUUUCGAUUGUCCGGUUGAGUGGCUGUCCCUUAAGUUUGAUGCCUCUUUCUGGCUUGUGCUUUCUGACAUUCGUCAAGGCGCGUUCUACGCAACUUUAGCCUGCUUCUGGCUGGUCUUCACAGGAGAGCAUCUAAUGGAUUCACCUCACGGUCAUCGCCACCAGACGCGGUUCGGCCUCUCCGUGUAUUAUUGGCCAAAAUUGCUGCUUGUCGGUGGCUGCUGCUCGGCUAUGAGCAUAUUUGAACUAGCUGAACGCGGCGUUCAACUGCACAAUCCAUUCUACAGUAUAUGGUCACAUCCCGUAGCAGCGAAGCUGGGCUACGCAAGCGUUAUUUUAGGCGGAUUGUGUGCCGCUGCUUACUUUCUCUACCUCACAGUACUAAUCUGUCGAGCGCUUUGGCAGAUUUUUACCAAACGACGGCUACUUCCCGCCUUGCAAUCUGAUCAGCGUGUCUACUACAGUGGGCUCAUCUAUCGUUUUACAGCUCUUCUCGUCUACACUAUUCUCUGUGCUGCCCUCACCGUCAUUUUUUACAUAUUUAGUCAGGCAAAUGAGGAGCGAUGGAAGUGGGGAAGCCAUCGCAUUGAAUAUACAUCAGCAUUUAUUACGGGAGUCUAUGGCAUGUGGAAUGCUUACGUGGUCACCAUCCUCUGCCUUUAUGCGCCUUCACACAAAUUCCGAUCAUCAAAUGGUAAUCAAAUGAUGGAAAAUCUUUUGGUGAGCAGCGAUAGUCCCGACGACCGCUUACCAGUAGAAGGUCAACCCGGAACGGAAUCAAAACAGGAAGACAGUGGACCAACGGAAGGUGUUAAACUGGUUCCCAGAAGGGCUAAGGGCAACUGGCGUGUCCCAGAGUCCAUGCCGCCCUGCGGCAGUGCAGAGGCGGACCCUUAA